CAUUUGACUGACACUUUAACAAGUUGACAGUCAGUCAGCUGCUAUCUGUUUGUUUUGAGGUUAUGUUGUUUUGAAUUAUAUAGUGUUGAAGUAGUGCUUAUAUUGGAAAAUAUUCAGAAGAAAUUGGAAUAAAAAAUAAUAAAUUGUUAUUGAGAUGUUAGCAAAUAGGCUACGUCAUAUCAGUAUCGCCGCUGCGAGGCGCAAGUCUUUGUUAAAUAUUCAUGCUGCUAAUUAUGCGAAGGCUGCCUACGACGGAGAGGGCAAGACCACAGUCCGGGUGCUCAACAUGGAACCAGAAUUGGGGCUCAUGAUAGAUUCUUAUGCUACUUAUGGCUUCCGGUUAAACAAUGGUGUUACAGUGCUAGGACCUAUCGCUAUAUUUCCCAGGACGGUUCUAUCUUGGCAGGUUCGCAGUUCGCACGACAUCACGGAGGAAUCCCUGAAACUCUUCAAAAUGUUGGAACCCAGCAUUGAUAUUCUGAUCGUGGGGCUGGAGAGCAAGGACCGCGGCGCCAUGAACGCGGCCUUCCGCGCCGCGCGGGCGCUCGACCUCAACGUGGAGCUGCUGUCCACCGACCACGCCUGCUCCACCUUCAACUUCCUCAACGCCGAGGGACGGUCGGUGGCGGGCGCCUGCAUCCCGCCGCUCAGUAUCGAGCUGAACGAAGACGAUAUGUUACAAUCCAGGCUACAUUACGACAACCUCUUUAACCGGAAGAUGGACUAGGAAUUUGAGCCUUAUUGCUUUGGUUUAAGGUUCACAUAAGUGAUAAUCUACGAGAAAAUGCACCUUAUGGAGGGGAGUUGCUUACGACGUAUUAAACGCAUUCUAACUAAUAAUAUAAAUGCGAAAAUAAGUUUGUUUGUUACCUCUUCACGCUCCAUCUACUCGACUCUCUUGAAAUUGUGUAUACAUGUAUUAAAGUAUGGAGAAGAACAUAGGGUACCUUUCAUACCGGAAAAAUAAUAUUCCGUGGGAAAUUCACGCGGGCGAAGUCGCGGGCAAAAGCUAGUCUAUAAUGGAAAUGAGCAAGUGAAACGUCUCAAGCGACUUCCCUCCAUAAGUUACGUCAAAUUUAGAGAAUGUGUUCGGACGAGAUAUUCGAUAGAAAUGUUACUUUAUUAUGAUUUUUAUUUAUUUGUUUCACACAUUUUUACAUCUACCAUUACCAUGGUGUAAUAAGAUUUAUUUUCGAAUGACUGUUGCUUGUUGCUCAGAAAUUUUACCAAGGCUGAUGUUUUUCAAAUAAUUUAAAAUGUGGAUCUUUUAAAAUUCGCGAGAUAAAUUGGUGUCAUCACAGACACUUUUGUACAUAUAGAGUUAGUCUAUUGCAAUAAAUAAAUUUAAUUGUG